AUGGCAAUCAGCAUUCAAUACGCCGCGUGUACUUCCAUCACCCAGGAGGCGUUCCUAGUCUCCUUCUUCGGCGACAACAUCUUCACCCAAGUAACCCACGAUCCCGACAUCGUCAAGCGGUGGAUCUCCGACAUCGAGUCAAUCCAUCGCAACCGACUCCACAGCCUCAUCGUCGGCCUCGACGUCGAGUGGCGUCCUUCCUUCAACCGCCACCAACAGAACCCUGUCGCCACUCUCCAGCUCUGCGUUGGCCGCCGCUGCCUUAUCUACCAAAUCGUCCACUCCGACGACGACAUCCCCGAAUCGCUUGUAGAUUUCCUCUCCAACGAGGACUACACUUUCGUUGGGGUUAACAUCGGUUCCCACUUGGAUAAACUGGUGACGGAUUAUGAUAAGAUAGAGAAAGUUGACAACGCGGUGGACUUGAGGAGGCUGGCGGCCGGCAGGAACAACCGAAGGGAUCUGCUCAAGGCGGGUUUGGAGGAGUUGGCGAAGGUUGUGCUACGGAAGGAAGUGGAGAAGCCGCGGGGGUUGACGAUGAGCCGGUGGGAUAGCCGGUUGCUGACGGCGGAACAAGUGCAGUAUGCGUGUAUUGAUGCAUUUAUGUGUUUUGAGAUUGGCAGGAUUCUGAAAGCGCCUGAUUACCUCCGAUAUUAG